AUGGUGCUCCUCGACCUGCUGACUUUGGGACUCUGGUCAAAGGUCGGACGGUUGACGCACUAUGCCUUCGACGCCGUUCUCAUCUCGGCUUUCCUCGCUGGAAUGAAGCGAUCGACCGGUUUGACUUUCAAGACGGACAAGGUCGCCGGCGAGAACAAGGAGGUUUCCGGCUGGAUCACCAAGUACCUGGGAGUUGGUGAAUGGGUCAUGGAUCAGUCUGUCGCCAUUGCCGGUUCCAGCGGCUUCUUUGAGCGAACUCGAUGA